AUGGGGAAACCAAAACGCUUGACUAAUUUUUUUCCUGAAAUUAGCAUCGAGCGAAUAAACAAAAACACGCGAAUAUAACCCACACUGUUGGGAAACACACUCUUCCGUAACUGCGUCACAUCACAUCGAGUCUUUUUUUAAUUUUAUACAAUACGAUAGCCGCGUGUGCGAAGUCGAGUUCAGUAUAGUUAUUUCAAGGCAAUCGUGCGUGCUUGACUUGCCCGGCGCGAAACCCGCUCAGCGCUUUGUCCGGUUUUUAUUCAAAUCAGUCCGCUUUCGUCGCAAAAUAUGAGUGUCCAGAGCGUCUCGUACUCGGCUUUAAGUCAGGGGCAAGGUGACAACCAUUCCAACGCGGUCAAUCCCUCCGGUACAGCACCCAUGGCGACCACCGAAAGCACCGAAUUGAAUCCGGAGAACGACUUUGCGCACCCGCAGGAGGAAAAAGGGGCGCACCACAACCACCUCGCGGUGGAUGAUUACGAGGGGCACGUGAAACUCGGGGAUUUCGGGGAGCUGGAGGUGCCGCACGCGCCCCAUUCGACCAACGGGUUGAGUUACGACCCCGAAAUGCGCAGCGUCUUCAACGAGACGAUACCAGACGUAAACGUUUACCAGCACAAGAAGACUUUGGCUCAGGGGAUGAUGGACUUGGCGUUGUUUUCCGCCAACGCCAAUCAGCUUAGGUACGUUUUGGACAGUUCCUCGAGGCAUCCGUACUAUUGGCCCAGCGUGAUUUGCAUCUGCUUGAGCUUGGGGUUACAAACGGCUAUCGGCAUAGGUCUCAUUUGGAAUGCCCUGUACAACGUUAAAGACGAGAAGGAGAUUUGCAUCGCCAAUAAAAUCAACAAUUGGUGCGUCAUCGGAAUUUUCUUAGUGGUGGUUGUAAACGUUUUCGUUUCCUCCUUCGGGAUCCCAAACUCCCCGGCGUUACCCCCUCCACCACCAGUACUCCCUUCACCAGUCCAAGAACUACCGACGGGACUCCUCUAA